GGUCCAAAUCCAUCGCUGGCCUGCUCCGCUGCAGAUCGUACCAAACUAGAUGUCUUUAUAAUCGACGCCAUCUUUUCGUGCUGCAUCGAUCCAUAUCAUGAUCGUGCAUCAUUAGUUGAGAGAGCUAGAGAUCCAACACAGCACGCCAAUCGAGAGCCGCCGAGCGAGCAUGGAUCACCUCCCGCCCGGCUUCCGCUUCCAACCCACCGACGAAGAGCUCAUCACCCAUUACCUCGCCCACAAGGUCGCCGACGCCGCCUUCCACUCCCACGUCAUCGGCGAAGUCGACCUCAACAAGUGCGAGCCGUGGGAUUUGCCGCUGAAAGCCAAGAUGGGGGAGAGGGAGUGGUACUUUUUCUGCGUCAGGGACAGGAAGUACCCCACCGGGUUGAGGACCAACCGGGCCACCCGAGCCGGCUACUGGAAGGCCACCGGGAAAGACAACGCCAUCUACCGCGGUCGAAGCCUCGUCGGCAUGAGGAAGACUCUGGUUUUCUACCGUGGCAGAGCUCCAAAGGGCGAGAAGAGCAACUGGGUCAUGCACGAGUACAGGUUGGAAGGCAAGUUCUCCCUCCACAGCCAUCAUCAUCUCGACAAAAACGAGUGGGUGGUGUGCAGGGUGUUCCACAAGAUUCCGACGAGCAUCAAGAAGCCGCCGGUCACGAUCAAAGCUGCCGACGCGUCGUCUCCUCCGUCUCCGGUACCAGCCAUCCACGCUGACACCGGCAACUACUCAUUCGACAAGAUCGACGUGACCUGCUUCUCCACCGCCCCGGCGGGGACUUUCGACGAGCACUUGAACGACGAUGAGUACUUCGCUCCGUGUGCGGCGCCUCUGUUCCUCUCCACCGCGGCUUCGGCGUCGGGGUUAGACCAUCAGCAGGCCGCCGCUUCUGCCUCGGCCGCCGGCGACGACGGCCACAUUCUGGCGCUUCUCGAUCACACCAUUUGGAAUUGUCAAUAAAUUAAGCUUGUACUGUCUUGUAGUAAUUAAGCGGGCUGCAUGCAAUUGCUUCAUUCAAUUGGACGCUGUUGGAUUGGUGAAGAAUGCUAUGAAUGGAUUACUUA